AUGUAAUUAAGAGAUGAAGAUCAUGAAUUGUGUAAAUUAACACACCUGAAUAGAAGUUUUAUUUGCACAAAUAUGGAAUGUAUUUAAGCUAAAAGAUUUUAAUUGGUAUGUCAUAAAUGUUUAACUUUGUAACACACUAAUUAAAAGGGAAUUCAGAAAUUUAAAAAUACUAAAACUGUUCGCCACUUGGAUGAUUUUAUAGAAUUAAAAGAUCUAUUAAAUCAAUUAGAAUCGAAAUAUCAAGCAAGGUUUAAUUUUCUACAAAUAUUGCAAUAAAAAUGCUUCGAUUUUUAGAAAGAAUAGAUAUAAAAAAUCGAAAAAUUUCCAUUUCAUGAUUAAAACUUCUUAUUAUAAGCAAAGGUUGAGGUUGAUACUCAGCUCUAGAUGUUUAUAAAUGAAUUAGGUUACCAUCAAAGAAUGUUGAAUGAAUCAAAGUAAUACAAUAAUUCAACCUAAAAAUCUAUCUUGGAUUUGUAUAGAAGAAAUGAUGAUAAAUUUCAUAAUGAACUUAUCAACAAACAAACUUAGGUUUUUGAUAGGGUUAGGACAAGUUUAGCUAAAAAAGGCAUAGAUUUAUAGAAGAUGUUUGCAAACUAAGAGGAGAAACUAAUUUAAGCUGAUGAUAGAUUAAAGAAAUUAGAAAAUCCAUAUGCAACAAAUAAACUAUUUAAAUUUACUUUUAUUAUUGCAAUUCUUAUAUUGAUUAGUAAUCAAUUCUGCAUUUUAACUUAGAAGGAUUAAAAGUAUAUUCAGAUAAAGGAGUCACUUCUGUUUGAAUCAGAUAUCAAUCAAAUCAAGGAACAAGUGUCUGAUUUUCAAUAAGAGAAUAUAAUUAAAAUUGAAGAAAUAAAAAACACUUUAGAAAGCAAAUUAAUUAAUGAGAUUGAAUAUUUGAAAUUAUACAAUUAACAAUUAAAAGUAGAAAUGAUAGAGUUGUAGAAAUAAUUUAAAGAAGUGGCUUACUCUUAAAAUUAAACAAUAAACACACUUUCGUAAGAACUUUUUAAUCGAAAAGAAUAAGUGUCAGUACAGAAUUAGAGUUCCGAUUUGAAUAGUGUACAAAUAAUAAAAUAACCAAAUGAUUGGGAUAAUAAUAAUAAGGUUUUGAUAGAGAAGUUUGAUUAAGUUGAUGAGGAUAUUAAAUAAAUAUAUUCUAAAUUUAAUAAUACAAUCUAAGAAGUUAGAGAGUAUGUUGAUGAUCGAAUUUUAAGGAAUAAAUAAUUUUUCAAUGCUCAGAAGUACCUUCUAGGUAGAAUUGAAAUAGAUUACCCAAUCGUAUUGUUGCAAGGCUUUACAAUGUAUUUAGAUUAAUAUUUAAAUAAAUCUUUAAGUCUUGAUUAAAUAGAAGAGUUAACUAAUUCAUUCAGCUUAACUGGUAUUGCUUGUUUUGGAGGGAUAUCAGUUAAAAAGCCCACUCAUUUUGCUUUGAUGGCAUGCGAUUACGCUUAUGAAAUUUUCACAAUAACAACAAGCAGAGAUAGAGCAAGAAAAAGUCGAUCAGGUGACAAUUUGUUCUGGUAUUUUGUUCCGAGAAUUUCAAUUGGCUUUGCACCGAAUGAGAAAGUUCAACUUUAAUUAGCGGAUAAUUUUGAACCAUAAGAUGAAAGUAGAUUUAGUAUUUGGGUGGAACAUCCUUAAGGUGGUCGAAGAAUUGGGAAUCAAACCUCUUUAAUCGAUACAACCGAAUACAAAAUAGCAUUGUAUGUAAUGGAAUGA